AGAAAAGCAGAGCGAGGAAAACCAUGGGGUUGAGGGUUUCAUACGCACUCGGUUGAUGAAAUUCUUGGGGGUUUUGUUUAAGGUGAUUAGAGAAUGUGUGAAUCUAAAUUUGAUAUUUAAAAAAAAGUAGAAAAUAAAGUGAUACUGCUCUAUGUGUUUUGAGAUCUUCUUUGGCAUGCCUUUGAGAUAUGGUGAUUAAGAAGAGGUUGGAUUAUUAUGGAUUUAAUGGCUAUCAGGUGCCACCAACCCCGCGAGCUACCAGAUCAGCCAGGAGGAGAAGCCUUACUAAGAGGAAAGGCCAUGACAAUCAGAUGUGUGCCUUUGACUUAUUAGCUUGUAUAGCUGGCCAGUUGCUGGUUGAUGGGGAAAGCUCUCCCAGUUCUUCUAAAGAUAAUGACCUCAAGAAUGGAAAUCAGGACGAAGAUAGAGCCGUGGUUGAUACUUCUUUCCAUCAAGAAAAGGGCUUCUUUCUUACUGAUCUUGUUUCACAACCCCCAAACUGCACAUUUUCUAGGCAUACAUCUAGCCUUGGGGGCAGAAGACCGCCUGGUUUAGUUUGUUCAGACAAUAAUGACAAUGUAGAGUUAUGUUUGUCAACGAAGCACAUUCGUCGUUGUGGAUCUUUGCCUAAAAAUAGGGAUGAUGUAAAGAUAGGUAGUUGUAGUAGAGAUGAUGACGAAAACCCCACGGAGUGGGACCCACCCCACACCUCCUCUAAUAGGACCUUCAGGAAGUUAUUGGCUUCUAAAUGCUGGGAAUUGAACCUGAAACCAGAUGACAAGGAAGAUCUUGAUCUUGACGUGGGAGAUAGUUUUAAGCACCAUGGAUCUCUCAGAGAAUACCCUUACAAAAAAAGGAAACUUUAUGCUUGUGGCUCGGUGGGAAAGUCUGGAGGGGAAAACAGCUAUGGAAUAAGUACUACUUGUAAUGGCCCGUCAACCUUUUCGGCGAGUGAACAUCUAUCCUUCGGGCCUGGGGAUUCCCAUGUGAAGCUCAAAAUCAAGUCUUUCUGUGUUCCUGAGCUUUUUAUAGAGAUUCCAGAAACUGCAACCGUUGGUUCUCUAAAGAGGACAGUGAUGGAAGCAGUGACUGCAAUACUUGGUGAUAGGCUAUGUGUCGGUGUGCUUUUCCAAGGCAAAAAAGUUAGAGAUGAUAAAAAGACAUUAUUACAGACAGGAAUAUCUCACAAUAACAAGCUUGAUGCGCUGGGUUUCUCUCUCGAGCCCAAUCCUUCUCAAGAUCCUCCUCAACUUCUAUGCCCGAAAGAGCGUACUCAACUUUCUUAUGACACACCCAAACCACUACACAGGUAUCCACCUGCCCCCAACAUAGCUCAUGCCGGAGCGCAGUGGGGAUCAGCAGAUGAUGUCAUAAUUGAUCAAGAAAGAACCAAAAUGAUCAAUUUCACUGGAAGUGAUUGUGACUUAGCUCCAUCCCAUCCUGAUGUCUCAUCAGAUAAAAGUGCUUUUGCAGAUUCAAGAACACUGGUUUCAAUUCCUGGGGUAAAUCUAGAAACCUGUGCCACGGUUCCAGCAAGGAAGCUGAAGUUCAAUGAAGCAGCACGACGUCGAAUCCGCCGACCUUUCUCUGUUACAGAAGUGGAAGCACUUGUUCAAGCUGUCGAGAAGCUUGGUACUGGAAGAUGGCGCGAAGUAAAGCUUCGAGCUUUUGAUGACGCCAAGCACAGAACUUAUGUUGACUUGAAGGACAAAUGGAAGACAUUAGUGCACACUGCAAGAAUAUCUCCACAACAAAGACGAGGCGAUCCCGUUCCCCAGGAGCUGUUGGACCGAGUCCUAUCAGCUCAUGCCAGGAGCAAGCAAAGCUGCACACAGAUGAAACAACUCUGCCCAGUUCUUCUCUAGCAGUGUGUGUGUGUGUGUGUGUAUUGCUGUAUUAGGUAGGGGACAUCAUGAGUUGUGUUCCUUCAUUUAUGGACAUAAGCUUUUAUUGUUUGGCCAAAAAAAUGGCAGCAGGCAGAGAAUCAGGGGGGAGUCUUUGCCCCCCCCCCUUCUGCAUGGAGCGCUUGGCACUUUGUAAAUGAUUGUGAAUAAAUAUGCUUGUUCAUU